GAAGAACUCUUUAACCAACACAACACAAAGUCACGCUUUCACACCUCCCAUUUUACCACCAAUUCUCCACUCCCUAAGCAAAUUAAAGCCAAAAACGAAAAGAUAAAGCGAGCACACACAAAAACAAGGAACGCAUUAAAAGCAGCAACAGGCAACAGCUAGCAGAAGCAGCCACACUGCAUUUAACUCAACACACACCCCCAAAGCCUCAUUCCCCGUCUCUCUCUCAGGGGUUUGGUCUCCGCGGUGCGGCGGAGUAUGGAGAACGUCGCCCAGGUGGCGGGGGUGGACGCGAUGGGUCUGAUAAGCAUGAUCGCGAAAGCGGCGCGGAACGCCGCCACCCACCGGCGGAACUGCGAGCAGCUGGCGGGGCACGUGGCCAUAAUCGGGAACCUGCUCGAGAAGCUGAGCUCGACGGAGCUGAGGAGGUUUCCGGAGACGGGAGAGCCGUUGGAUGGGCUGGAGGACGCCCUGAAGAAUGCGCUUGAUUUGGUGGAGAGCUGCCGGGAGAGGAGUUACCUGUACCUGCUGGCGAUGGGGUGGAGCGUGGUGUAUCAGUUCCGGCGGGCCCAGGCUGAGAUCGAUCGCUAUCUCAAGCUCCUGCCGUUGAUCUCGCUGGUCCACCAGUACCGUAUCAAGGCUGUUGAAGAGGAUCAUCGAGAAUAUGACCUUGAUGAUGGGGAUGUGGAGGCCCACAAAGUUAUAUUGAAACGUGACAGAACAAAGAAAGAUUCAGAUAUAUUGGAGAAGUCUCUUUCUCGCCGGUAUCCUGACUUGAGAUUCCAUGAGGCUCUCCAAGAGGAGAAAGAGAAGCUGCACGUUGAGUUGCACAGAUCAAAAAUGAACAAUGAUCCCAAUGAAUGCCAUGUGAUUGAGAAUCUUAUUGAGAUUACAGAAAAUGUUGUUAAUGCUUUGCCGGAAAACAAGCUUAUCCUUAAUGCAGAUGCGUAUGUCGGUUCUGGAUGUGAAACCAUUACAAAAUCAGCCUGUGGCUUACAACCUCCAGGCCAACUUAAAUCUGAGUGGCAGUCUGAUCUCUUUGACUGUUGUGGGGAGCCUCAUUUAAGCUUGAAGACCUGCUUCUAUCCCUGUGGAACAUUUACAUGGAUAGCCCAUACUAUAUCCAAGGGAGAAAUAUCCCGUGAACGAGCAUGCAAUGAUCUAAUGGCUUAUUCCCUUUUCUGUGGUUGCUGCUGUUACACUUGUUGCGUGAGAAGGAAAUUGCGGAAAAAUUUCAACAUAGAGGGAGGCUCAUGUGAUGACUUCCUGACUCAUCUAAUGUGCUGCUGUUGUGCCAUGGUUCAAGAAUGGCGCGAGCUUGACUCAAGGGACUUUAAUGGUUGCCAAAGGAGAAAAAUGAUUCCUCCACCAUACCAAUAUAUGAAGCCUUGAGUCGCUAGUCAAUGCGCACAAGAUAAAUCUUCUACUCUUUUCAUGUGUAGAUACAUAGUUUAGUUUAACAUGUGGUGAUAUACACAGAGGAGUGCCUUAGAACAUAGGAAAAGUACUCUACAAAUGGUGUAAAAUUUGGGUUGGCAUGGCCAAAUUAUGUGUUAUGGUCUUAUGGAAACCAUUAGGAGGGCAAACAUGUGACAUUUUAUGUAAUGUGUACAAUUUGAACAUUGUGAGUGAAAAUAUGGCCUUUAAUAUGAAACAUUUUAGUUGAGGAAGAACA